AUGGCUCACGAAAUUGAUUGGAUCAACAGUAAGGCUGGAGUGUGCAACAUUAACUCCUAUAAAGCCAAACAAACGAAAGAGGACUCCGAACAUAAAAUGGUUUGCUUUGUUAAUGUUGCCAAUCUGAACAUGAAAGACAGGAAUUCAGGCCCAAAUGUUUUGAGUGACCAACCUGGCAACAUCAACGACCCUGCCAGUGAACUCAACUUACAAAACUUGGAGGAGAAGGAGGUCAUUGUAAUCAAGAACAAUGAACAAAGGAGAUGCAUGAAUACCGACGGAGCGGUCUGCCUUUUCAAGCCAGGUUCUUUGGAAGAUGUCAACAUUGUCAGCUGGCUCAAUAAUGAUCUCCAGAAAUAUGCCUUUGGAUUUGAACACGCCCUGACUCCUUUCAGGACCUCUCAGAAACUGAAGGUGUUUGAUAAGGGAUCUCAGAACAACAACAACACCGGUUCCUGCAGUUCAAUGGCUGAAACUGGAAAUUCAGAUGAUCUUGCCUACUACGCAAAUAAGCUCUGUUCCUUAGUAGUUGAGAUGACACGUAAAGAGAUCAAGGAUAGGUGGGAGAAUACUAGAAAAUACCUAUGCCAAAACAUUAAUUCUUAUAACGCAGGAAGGAAAGCUAGUGCAGCAGAAACCAAACCACCUUCUGAAGACGAAGCCAAGGAACAAGAGGGACAGUAUAUGGAGAGAACAAGAAGAUCAGAAGAUUGUACUUCUGUCAAUAAAGGGUUGAUGUUAUAUGCAAACCAGGUGGCUUCAGACAUGAUGCUCUCAUUCUUGAAGACCAUGAAUGUCCAGAAGGGAAGACACCCUCCAGCAGCAUGCAUUGUUUUAAAAGAGGUACUGGUGAAUCAUGCCAAGGAAAUAGUCUCAGACUUGAUAGAUUCCUCCAUGAAAAAUUUACACAAUAUCACAGGGGCACUCAUGAAAGACUCUGAUUUCAUUUGCGGGAUGAAGAAGAAUCUCUACAACGUGGGAAGCCAAAAGUCCACAGAGGUUUUGGAAGCCAUGGUGAGACGCUUGUUCAAGCUCCUCGCCGGAGAUGAUAAGUCUCGGGCACAAAGUUUGGCUUUUACCUCGUAUAAAUUAGGAGCGCAGGGGAACCAAAGAGCUCAAGGCAUGCAAUUUGCAUCCCUGAAAAGCGAGUGCCACAGCCCAGGGAGGGAAAGAAUGGGGGGACCAGGAAAACCUCAUGCAUCAGGAAGUCGGGGGCCAGAGAAGGGGCAAGGGUCAGCAGAUGUGUAUGGAAAAGAGAUUCUUUUAUCAGCCUUAAUGCAGAUACAGCAGCACUUGUUAGAGAAAACAAAAAAAGCCAGACUCCGGGAAAACCAUGGCAACUCAUGUGGCUAUCUUCACCAUGACUCCACCUAUGAUAGAAGUGGUGACAGAAGCCUGAAGCGCUCAUCAAAGUCUUAUGAUGGAAGAAUGGACUGUGAUGGCAGAGAUAAAGGCAAUGUUCUAUUGUCUGUGAUCCAGAAGAUCCUUCAAGAGAUUGGCUUCAAUCCUGACGACCUUUGCACAGACAAGUUCAGAGGCUAGAUUGAGGAAGACCUACAGGUGAAGAAUCUCCUCUUCUGAACCAGCCCAAUGGAGUAGCAGAUCUGUAUGCAGCAGAUGGACAAGAACAUUUAUUGAUCAACCUGUAGGAUGCAAAUGAUCUUUUUAUUGAUAACUAAAGGCAUUUGCUCUUGGUUGUAGCUAAUUAGGUAACAUCAUCACAGCCUCAUUGCAAGCUGCGGUGGAGUGAAUUCAGACUGGGUGAUUCAAAGGUAGCUGGGCAAGAUCAUCAAUUAAAAAC